AUGCAGGCGAGGAUAGCGAAAUUCGUCCCGAUCGUUACGCCGCCAAGUAUCACCGGUCCUGUCCGCAAGUUCGAGGAAAGUAUCCACGCCAGCCUUGAAUUUGAAGAAGCAGCUCGGCGCAACUGCACCCUACAGAACAACGACGACAAGCUCUACAGCAAGUGGCAAUUUCUUCGGCGACAAACGGACAAACUCGUCAAGCAAAUCUCGACAAUGUCUUACCGCGAUUUCGUUGAAUCCAGCACAAAGAUCAUGGCAGGAACCUACGGCUUGGCUCGAGUGGGCGCCCAUUGGGACUUGGCACAACCACGAGUUCACAUGCCUGAUCUCAAGGGCCCAGUGACCCACGAAAUCGCAGCACCCUCCCAGACAAGGUCCGUUGUCUCAUCAAUUCGAUCUGGCCCAAGACCACAACUCGAUUGCGAGGAGAUUCACGAGCUAAUCUCCGGUAUCCCUCGCGGAAAGGCCGAAGGACCGGACGGGAUUGCUGGUGAGGCUCUCAAGAUGCUGCAUGUUUCAAGAGAUGAGCAAGAACCCGAAAGUGAGAAGGAAAGCAUCAUCGCCCCGAUUCUUGAACACAUCAUCAACGCAUGUUUUCCCUUAUCGCAUCAUCCAGCGCAGUUCAAACGAUCCAGGACUGUCAUAGUCGAAAAGGCGGACAAGCCAACGUACGAAACACCGAAGAGCUGGCGUCCUCUCGCCUUGUUAUCCUGCAUGGGCAAGGUUGUAGAGAAGGCCAUGUCGAAUCGCUUGACAAUACUCUCCCUUGAGCACCGCCUUGUCCCUUACAAUCAGUUCGGAUUCGCACGACGGUCUACAACAAAAGCGCUCGAGUUGAUUCUGAAUCGCGUCUACCGAUGCUGGAACGCCAGCCCGCGCAUGUUUGCAACGCUCAUGACCAUUGACAUGACUGGCGCCUUCGAUCAUGUCGAUCGAGAGGUUCUCCUGAACAUCUUGGUUCGGAAAGGUGUCCCUGACUGGAUGGUUCUGUACAUCUCUUCAUUUCUUUCUGAUCGACGCGUUGCCUUGUCUAUUCCAGGAUACACAUCAGAGGAGUUCUGGGUCAACAUUGGCAUUCCCCAGGGCAGCCCUCUUUCGCCUGUUCUCUUCGCCUUGUUCUCCUCUCUUAUACUGGACGAACUCAACAAGAUCUGGCCGUCGAGUCCAUUCUUCCAAGCCAUGUCGUACGUUGACGACACUUGCAUGGUGGUCACCUCACCCUCCUACGAGGAAAACUGCAAGAUCUUGACAACGGCCUUUACCGACCUGAUUGCCGCUACCGCGCCGCAUGGCAUUGCCUUUGGCCCCUCCAAGACACAUAUCAUGCAUUUUCAGAAUCGCACAGGGAGACUCGGGGGGCCAACUCGAGAACUGCCGACGAACCUGAGCCACCCAGAAUCAUACCAUUGGCAGAUCUACCAGACGUUGGUUACCGAGAAGAUGGAAGCCAAGAUGCGCACCAUCUAUCGUAUUUCCGGCUCGACAUGGGGGCCCUCUCUCGCCAGCAUCAGACGCCUGUACAUCACAAGUGUCCGCCCGAUCGCCGCAUACGCCGCUCCCGUGUGGUUCCUCUAUCGAGACAACGAACGCAGGGUCCGCUGGCAGAUCAGCGCCAAUUUGGUCACGAAGCUUGACAAGGCACAGGCGGCGUGUCUCCGACAGGUCGCCGGCGCUUACCAGACCACAGCGACCCAGGUCGUCCACCAGGAGCUUGAUGUGCCGCCGCUUUCUCUAUUCCUUGAGAAGCUCGGCCAAAAACAUCGCACUCGCAAUCUUGACACCCCGGAAUACGGUUCUCUCGAUACCGUGUGGGCAACCGGUACCAUGCCGAAGACCCUAAGCGCAGCGAACAACGUAGCACACCCAUACCGCAUCCUCUACAAAGUCACGGCCGCUUCUAUUGAUUUCGCGGCCCGGAAGCAACUCAUCGAACUCAACGAGGAGCGAGCUACGAAAACAGACCGGCGCGGUUUUCCGCUACCGAAGUUAACGUGGCGGAACUUCCUUGACCGACAGCAAGUGCGGGGCAAAGUCAUCAACAACAAACUUCAGGAGGCAUGCGCGCGGUACUGGCAGAACUACCUCGACGCUCGCCAAGACCGGAGGGAGGAUCAGACCGAGCCAAACUUUCGCAUCGCCAACCACCGUCCUCUGUCCCUCUCGGAAAAAUGGGGCCCAGCCAGCUUGAAAUACUAUGCCAAGCUCACGCGUGCUGAGAGCACCAUGUUGUUCCACUGUAGGACUGGUGUCGUGGGACUCAAGUCCUACCUCUUCUCCAUCCAUGUUCGCGACAUCGUCGACGACCUCUGCCCGUGCAAGCAGGGCAAGCACACCGUCGAGCAUGUCUUCAUCCACUGUCCAGAUUUGUUAGCUGAGCGGACACGGCUCUAUCAGCAAGUCGAUCAUCAUGAUUUGAAGAAGUUGCUGACGUGUGAUUCCAAGGCUGCUGCCGCGUGGGCUAUCCGCUACCUAUCCAUUGAACAAUUCGGCUGGUCUGGGCGGCAAACACCCGACAAAAUCUUCCAAAAGAGAGAUGGGGCGUGA